AUGCUUCCAGUAAAAGGAGUGUCUUUGGGCACUGGAAGCUUACUGCACUUCCAAGUAUCCAAGCGUAGCUUUCUCAUGACUACUGCUGCUACGGUGCUUGGCUCCUUCAUUUUCAAUGAGAACAACAGGCUAGCUGAUAAAAUGGAAAGUGGCAAGCUUCACUACAAGGAUGUCAAUGCCUUGAUUAGCCAACAGAGAGCAUCUGAAGACAACGGCUCCCUUACCAAACCAGUGGAUCAGUAUCCCCAAUACUUUAAACGAAGCAAGCCUCAAUAUGCAGGACAUGUACCGCUAUUCAAUUUUGAAAGGUUAUUGAUGAUUGCUGGUCUGUCAAUUGGAUCGUACUUCCAUCCCGAGAGAAAUGAGUUCAUUGUAGGGUUGGGAGAGUCGACUGCCUUCCCGUACGUUCUCAAAAGACUUCAAAAGCAGAUGUUGGCUGACUCCGUAGGUAGAUCUAUCUUAAGAGAAAGACCAAGAAUAACAUCUACGCUGUUAGAUUUAGAUUAUCUCAGGCUGUUGCCUGACAAUACCAUUGGUAAAACUUAUAUCAAGUGGCUUGACCGCGAAGGUGUCAGUCCAGAUACAAGAGUGCCCGUCAAAUACAUUGACGACGAAGAGCUUGCAUACAUUUUCCAGAGAUACAGAGAGUGCCACGACUUCUACCAUGCUAUAACCGGAUUGCCAAUUAUCAUAGAAGGAGAGAUUGCCGUCAAGGUGUUAGAAUAUAUGAAUAUAGGCAUUCCAAUGUCUGGAUUGGGGGCAUUAUUUGCACCAUUGAGAUUGAAGCCCAAGCAAAAGAACCGUUUAUACAACAUUUACUAUCCAUGGGCUAUGAAGAGUGGACUCAAUUCAAAGCCAUUGAUUAACGUUUAUUGGGAAAACAUUUUAGAGAGAGAUAUAAAUGAGUUUAGGCAGGAAAUGGGCAUAGAGCAGCCCCCAGACUUGAGAGAAUUGAGGAAGUCUCAGAAGAAGAAGAAAUAA